CACCAAACCUCUGAUGAUCGAACUCGCCUACAUUGUUUUGCCUUCAGCUUCAGACAGCAGUUCAGGGAGCAGUUCUUGAUUCAAUUCGUUUUAUCGCUACGUACAAUAUUGCACAUUAAGUAUAUAUUUGUUUGUUUCUAACAAAAUUUCAUAAUGUCUGGGCAAAUGAGAGAUCCCAGAGAAUCCAGAGAUUCAAGAGAUCCAAGAGAUUGUAAUCAGAAGCAAAUUCAGCAAGAUUGGGCUAACAGGGAGUACAUUGAAGUCAUCACAGUGAGCAUAAAGAAAAUUACUGAUUUCCUCAACUCAUUUGAUUUAUCAUGUCGAUCUAAGCUGGCAGUGUUGAAUGAGAAGUUGACAACACUAGAAAGGAAGAUUGACUAUCUGGAAGCAUGUGUAACAAAGGGAGAAACUUUAACCUAAAUCUAAAUGUACAUUUUAUGCUUGGAGGUACAUAAAUGUACACAUGUGAAGGAAUUUAUUUAAUUGAAAUGUAGUGAUUUUUUUAUUUACACUAUUUAAAAGUAGAACUACAGUCGUAUUUGAUUUACACAUUAUUAUGAUGUAAUUUUCUAUAUUUAUAAUGGACAUUAAUAAAUAAUAAUCUAAA